AUGGGACAUGAGGAGCAUGGAGGGACUUGGCACAUGGAAGCAGCUCAACUGGAUACGCAAAGGAAGAAGGGAGAAGCCAUCUUGAAGACCAGCUCGACCGUCUACUCGACCAACCGGUCGAGUUCCUCAACUCGACCGGCCAAGCUUCAACUCGAUCGAGCUGAGAAGUCAAACUCGAUCGAGUUGAAGCUUGGCCGGUCGAGUAGAUGGUCGAGCUGGUCUUCAAGAUGGCUUCCUCCUUCUUCCUUUGCGUAUCCAGUUGAGCUGCGUCCAUGUGCCAAGUCCUGCUUUGCUCCUCUCGUCCCAUAUGCUCCAAAGUGCUCCAAAAGACCUAUUUCAAGGAUCAAACAUGCAUAUGUGUAUGCGAACUCGAUCGAGUCGGUCUACAGAAGACUUGGUCGAGCUAGACUUACAACGGGUAGAAAGAGGGUUCAGAGGUCACAGAGGGUACAAGAGGAACCUGAGGUGCUUGUUGCUGAUACAAUGGAUGUACCAGAGGGGAAUGGAAACCCUUUGGGCAAUGGACUCGGUCGAGCUAGGCAAACUCGACCGAUUGGUCAAGGAGAUGCUCCAAACCGCCACCAACAGAGACAAGGGAUUGUUCCACCACCAGUGCAGAACCACAACUUUGAGAUCAAGCUGGGAAUGAUCAACCUUGUCCAGAACAAGAUGUUCCAUGGAUUGCCAAGUGAAGACCCCAUUGACCACCUUGAUGAGUUUGAUAGGCUUUGUGAUUUGACAAAGAUCAAUGGUGUCUCUGAAGAUGCCAUCAAGCUGAGACUCUUUCCUAUGUCUCUAGCUGACAAAGCUCACCAAUGGGAGAAGAGCUUGCCCCAUGGCACAAUCACCACUUGGGAUGAAUGCAAGAAGGCCUUUCUUGCUAAGUUUUUCUCCACCGGUCGCACAGCCAAGCUUAGAGGAGAGAUAUCCAGCUUCAUCCAGCGAAACAAUGAGACAUUCGCAGAGGCUUGGGAGAGGUUCAAAGGGCUACACAAGUCAGUGCCCACACCAUGGAUUCAACAAUGA